GCCUGUUCAGCAAGCUUAUCGUGUAUCGACAGCUUGCUGGUGGCUUUGAACGCACCCCUGUGUCUACUACCACUCACCCCUACGUCACUUCCGCUACACAACCUUCUCCAAGAGUUUUGUCCAAGAUGGCGUCAACGCAGUUAACGGAUGAGGAGCUUUUCUCCGAAUUAAAGCGCUUUGGUUUCACUCCAGGCCCGGUCACCGAAAACACGCGCCCGGUAUAUCUGAAGAAACUGAAGAAGCUUCGCGAAGAGCAGCAGCAGCGGGGCUCCAGAGCGGGUAAAACCCGGAGCAGCGGGGCCAUCAACAGCACCACUGGCGGAGGCAACACGGCGGGAUCCAGGCCAGCCAGCCAUGACGUCACGCACCUGAGCUCGAGCAGGAGACCGGGCAGGAAGUCCACCGUCCUCGGCUUCAGCUCCGACGAGUCUGACGCUGAAACUCCGCUGAAAAGAAAAGGCCUCAACCACAGCAGCAGGGCAGAGCGGAGCCCCGGUUUCCCGCAACAACCGAAGAUAAGGCCCGUUACGACACCGAGCGCGGUUAGCAAGAGUCAGUACGGCGCUACUAGUCCGCUCAACAGCAACAAUUCCUCCCCGGGUCCGGGCGGACACAGAAGUGUCUCGCUGGGUUGGGGAGUCCGUGCCAGAUCCAGCCCCGAGGCGGAAGGGAGGGAUUACGACGAUUCGGGGGACGAGGACGAUAAUGAGGGGGGACCGGAGAAGAACUCUCGCUCUUUAAAUGGUUGUGGGGCGUCUCAUUUAAACACUAGCAAGCUAGCUGGGGAUUACUCAGACUCGGACGAGGAGGAGGUUGGGGGCCCUGGUGCCGUAGACCAGCAGCGGCGGGAGAGGUUGGAGCCAAGACGGAGCCACCCGAAAGCGGAGUUUCCUUCCCACAGAGGGUCCCAGACGGGAGGGGCGGCCAGACAGGUUAACCCGUCUGAGAGUCUAAAUAUGGUGGGGAGCCGGAGGGAGGAGGGGGAGGAAGACGACGCCAAGAGAAGGGACUCGGAGGUGUCGGGAGGCUCCCGGAGCCACAACUUUCCAAGGAAGUCCAUCUACGUGUCCCUCACCGAGAACCACGGAGGAGAGGCCGGCAAAAACAACCACGUCGACGGCGAGGACGGAGCAUCCAGAAGCAGCAGUCGGUUUGCCAUCGGGUUGAGACCGCGCUUCUCCAACUACAGCAGCCUGUCCCAGAGCUACAGGGGCAACCACUCCAACCACACCGCCCCCAACCACUCAUACAGCCAGGCGGUGCUCAAGCACAAGCUGUCUGUCCCGGAGGACGAGCUGCUCCAGCAGUUCAAGCGGGAGGAGGUGGCCUCCUCCGGGAGCUUCAGCGCUCACUACCUGUCCAUGUUCCUGCUUACGGCAGCCUGCCUCUUCUUCCUGCUGCUGGGCCUCAUGUACCUCCGGAUGAGGGGCUCUGGAUCCUCGGAGGUGGAUGGAGUCA